AUGAACUUUUCCGCCCUCCUCUUUUGCACCUUUUUGAGCUCGAUCGAAGCAUACGCCCGGCUCAAUGUCAACCGAGGUUUCUACGAUCGCAACACCCGCAUGGUCGACAAAAGCCCACGAAUUCGAAGAAGCCCGUACUCCUACUGCAUCGACAUGAUUGAAGCUGAAAACCUCGGAUUCGAGCUCUCCGUGAAGGCGCAAGAAUUCAUCAUGAUCUGCUCGCACAAAUUCAACCUCGAGCGCAAAAACCUCAACUACCGAAUGAUGGCAUUUAUGGAAAGAAAUCCCAACAAACCUUAUGUGUACCUGUCCUAA